UUUGGAUUGGAUAGGGAUGGGUAGGGACCAGGCAUUUGAGUACGUGAAGCGUUAUUUCAGGCAAUAACGGUAAAAAUCAAUUUUUUUUAAUGGAGUUCAUCGCUUCCUUAUGUGCUUUGCUCAUAAUGGUAAACAUGACCUGCCCUGGGCUCCACUCAGAUGUAAUCACCAGCAACCCUCCUUUCUUCGAAGUUGUAAGAGAUUUGGCAAAUCACCAAAACCUCUAACAACUGCUACAAUCACAGUGCAGAAAGUAUCCUGGCUGAUUGUAUCAUCAUGGACUGCCAAGACAACUCUGAUGCACAGGAAUGCAAGGGAUUGUAGUGUGUGGUGGUCUCAGCCCAGUCCAUCAUGGGCACUUGCCUCCCUAGUAUGGAAAGCAUCUUCAUGAAGCUCUGCCUCAGAAGGCACCAUCUAUCAUCAAGGAUCCCUGCAAUCUGCGACAGCCAUUUUUCUUGGUGCUACCAUUGAAUAGAAGGUGCCAAAGACUUAAUAUAUUGUCUUUCCGCUGACUGGUUAGCAUGCAACCAAAGCUUUUCACUAUACAAGGGUACACGUGACAAUAAAGUAAACUCAACUCAAGUCCCACACCACCAGGAUGAGGAACAGCUACUUUCCAACAACCAUGAGAUUCUUGAACUGAUCUGCACAACCAUAAUCCUAACACAGCAAGGAACACUACAGACCAUGGACUAGUUUUCUAAUUGUGUGUUUACUCUGACACCUUGUUCUUUUAGUCUUUUUCUUUUUGCCACCUUGGGUAAGUUAUGUAUAAUUUACUUUUUUUUUGUAUUGUCUGAGACUAUGUACCUGCGAUGCUGCAGCGAAAAAGAUCCCGACUCGAGACGUCACCAUCCAUGUUAUCAAGCGAUGCUACCUGACCCGCUGAAUGUCACCAGCAUUUUGUGUCUUUUUUUAAACAAAACUUGGAUGUUCAUUAGUGAUGUCUUGCAGAUAUGUUGCUGCGCCUCAUCUGGUGAAGAGAGUGCGGAGAGAGGGGAGAUAAAAUGGGAAAGUUCACUUUGCAUUACUGCAGACUCCCAAAUGUCGCAACAUAUUCCAAAUCCUUUAUUAGCUCAUUUAUGAUGUGACAGGAAAAUUCCAUUGGCAGACCAGUCAUUCCACCCCUCCCUAUAAUCAGGAAAGCAACUUCUUCUUCUUCUUGCAUCUGGCGUGCACAGCCUAAAGUUGUAGGACAACUUGUUCUAUUUGAUCUUAUUUGAGUGUGCACGCUGGGUUGAUUGCAUUUGUCAAAACAGGGCGGACCACGUGAAGGUUGCAAUCUUCCACCCCAGGAAAGCAACUGAUUUAUUUGACGGCUUGUCUGAUUUUACAACAUUUAUUCAAUUGCGGAAUGCUCGUGUUUUUGGCAAUUGCCCAUCCUUCUGACAAUUGCAAGUCCUUAUAAAGAAUUGAACGUCUCAGAGCAGAGCAGUGAUUGAACCCACAUCCCCUUCAACAUUUGUGUAGGAAGGAACUACAGAUCCUGGUUUACACCAAAGAUAGAUACAAAAUGCUGGAGUAACUCAGAGGGACAGGCAGCAUUUCUCGAGAGCAGGAAAGGGUGAUGCUUCGGGUUGAGACUUGCAUUCCUUGUCUCCAGAGGUACUGCCUGUCCAGCUAAGUGACUCCAGCAUUUUGUAUCUAUCUUUGGUGUAUUAUUGCCUUUGUAUCUAUCCCCCGCUAACAUAUGUUGUGGAUACUUCAUGAUGUGCUACAAAUUGAAGGGUUCUCUCGCAAAUCUACCAGUUCUCCUGGGGAGAAAAUAUGAAACGAUUAGUAAUUUCACCAGUGAAGUGCUAUACUCAAAGGGAGUGCAAGUUAUGGAAAAGGAGCCCCUCACAGUAGAAUAACAAUGAAGGAAAGUUGCAAAGCCAUGUGUAGUGUGGUGAGCUGUAGGUGAGUGGUGAUGUAACAUCAAGCCACAAGGUGGUGUAAAUGGAAAUGGUGAGCUUUUGGCAAAAAAUGGCACAGGUGCUCCAUAAUUAUUUCUCCAUCUUCCACAGUGGAAUAACACUUGCGAAUUACAUGUGUGACUGGUCACAUUGUAGCAUUCUGCAUCAUUCUAAAUACUAAAUAUGGAAUUACUUAAUAUAUUUAGUUUAGUUUAGAGAUACAGCGUGGAAAUAUCCGCAGGCUUCGAAUCCUAGGCCUUUUCUGAAUUUGAUGGCACUGCCACUACUCAUAUCAGCUCUCGAAUUUCCUUGUGACAGCUCAGCCUCAAUAGCUCUUCUCACUUGAGAUGCUCCAUAAAGGCUGCCCUUGGACCUUUUGGCCUAUUCGCUUCUCAGAAAGCUUAAUAUCCAUUUUUUUUUCAAACUUGCUAAUGUUCCUUUGAGAUAUCUUCAAUAUUUUUGCAGAAUAUAAAUGAUUAUCAUUUCUGCACAAUUUACCCGGAAUCUUACAUUCAUCCCCUCGUGUUCCAGUUUGUAUAACAGGACAAAUAGUGUCUGUGCACACCAUCGAAUUCCUUAAUCUUCAAAACUUCAAUUCGAUCCGGAUUUAAUCAUGUCCACCAACGAAAUACAAGCCUAAUUCAUACAGCUAAACUUUAUAUUUCUUGUUGUUGCCGAAAUUAUUCUGUAUUCUCCUCUGUAAAAAAAUAAUUAGCAUUUUUACAUUCCACCGCCAUAAACAUCUUUAUGGAUAAGUGUCUGUUAAUGACUGUGUUUUUAAGGGUUAUAUGGGAGAUGGGGAGUGGUAUAGCACAUGCUCAUACAUGUUACAAUUAAAGUUUUAAGUAAUGGAUUCUCCUCUGGGUGGUUUAAUCUAUCAUUUCUUGCAAAUUAUCCAGCUUAGGAAAAUGUUGUUUAGGUGAUGUGACUGUGGGAUCCCUCUCCCCCUAACUUGUACGUUAAAAUCAUCCCCCCAUCCCCCUGACAGUCUCACUCAUAUAAAAAUGUCAAGAGAUGCUUUAAGGGGAGAGCUGAGUGUUCGGGCUGCCGGGCUUCUACUCAAGCAUUCCUUCUUUUCUGAAGGAAUUACUUUGCCUUUGAGGUAGAUUCACAUUCCAGAUUGCGUUGUAAGUGAAGCCGUCUCGGAGGAGAGGCAUACAUCACUGUCCCUUAAACACAAGCCGUUUGCUGAACGGACUCCUCCCACAAACGGGAAUUCUCAGCCUUCCUCCAACUUCCCACUUGCUCCUCUGUCAAUCCCUGUGCUGUGGCCACAGGCAGCAGAGAAGCUGACAUCAAACCCAACCUCUCCACACGUUCUUGAAACAUUUUCCAGAGACUAUUUUUUUUUCUCCUAUUCUACUUUCAUCGUUGAGCAUAAGAAAGAAUAUUUAAAGUUUCUCAUGGUUCCUUUCAUUCAAGAUUUGGAUCAGCAAUGAAAUACCUUUGUUAAUAUGGUUAUGCUCUCAUAGAUCAAACAGUAAUCUCAUACAUCAAACAGGUGAGAACUAAGAGCAAGAAGAUCUUCUCCGGGACUGGAUCAGAGCUUCAACAUGGAGCGGCAGAGAAUGCAAGGACUACUGGUGAUGGUCGUAACACUACUGGCCACAAUUGUGCACUGCAAUAUCCAAGUACAGCCAGAAGUGUGUCUUACGGCAGUAACAGCUGAUAUAAUCUUCACGGUGGAUGAAUCAUGGAGUAUGGGAGAGGAAAACAUCCAGAGGAUCAAAGAAUUCCUCAAUGGCAUCAUAACUUCAUUCAAGAACGUUGCGAUAGGGAAAGAGGGAAUCCGAUUUGGUGUCACACUCUACAGUGACCAUCCCAGAACAGCAAUUGCACUUACGGACUAUGUGAGGAUUGAAGAGGUGUUGGUGGCCAUCAGAGACCUGACAUUUAAAGGGGGGAACACCAAAACAGGAGCCGCCCUUGACUUUCUCAUGGAAUCUGUAUUCAGCCAGUCAAUGACUAGAGAGAACACGCCAAAGGUUAUGGUUUUGAUCACUGAUGAAAGGUCGACAGAUUCAGUCGAUGACCCGGCCAAAAGACUGCACAACAAUGGAGUGACCAUGUUCACAGUUGGAAUAAAAAAUUCAGAUAAAAAUGAGCUGAAGAAAAUUGCUUCUGAUCCGUUCAAAGAGCAUUAUUUAUUUGUGGAGGAUUUUAAUCUACUCAACACCAUUUUACCCAAGAUCACCAGGAGGCUUUGUUUCACAGCUUCAGAAGUUCCUAGACCUGUGAGGCCAACACUGUUGGCAGAAAAAAUCACUGGCCCCCGGGAUUUGGUGAUUAGUGAAGUGAGUUAUAACUCUGUGAGACUGACCUGGGCUCCUGCUACUGGAGCUGUGGUGAGCUACAGAAUUGCUAUCAACCCAUAUACAUUGGAUGGACAACUUAUAUCUGCAGAAGAGUGGCAGAUUGUUAUGGACGGUAACGUCAGCACAAUACUGGUGGCAGACCUAAAGCCCAGAACAAAGUAUUCCUUCACAGUGGUGGCUGUGUAUGCUGAUGAAAUCGGGGGUCAUACAAGUACCAGUGGCAAAACCAAUGCCCUGCCUCGUGUGACUAACUUCCGAGUGACAGAGCAAGGACUGUUCAGCCUGAAAGUAGCUUGGACACUUCCACUAGCGCCCUUGUUGGGUUACAAGAUCUACAUACCCAGAUCCAACAGGCCUGGGUUGACCUAUGAACAGAAUGUCAAAGGAGAUGUCUCGUUUCACCGGAUAGACAAUCUGCAGGAGGACAAAGACUACACCAUCAGCAUCUAUGCCGUGUAUUCUGAGGGGCCCAGUGAACCUGUGACAACCACCAGCAGAACAUUGAAACUUACAGCAGUGGAGGAAUUAGUGUUGGAGAAUGCAACUACAGACACCAUACAGGCAAAGUGGCUUCUGACCAAAGGUGCAACUGGCUACAGACUUACAUGGGGAUCUUAUGAUGGAGACGUGCAGAAUGUAAAUUUGGGCAAUGUUUACCAGUUCUACAUGAUUCGUGGUUUGCAAGCUGGUACUGAGUAUACUGUGACCGUCAACCCCAUCUUUAGUGAUGUCGAAGGACCAGUUACCUCUGGGAAGGCGACAACAUUGGCAACAGGUUCCGUCCAGACCCUACGAGCUUCGUCCAUCACCACAAGCAGUGCCGUCAUCACUUGGAAUUCUGUCGCAGGCUCCACAGGGUAUAGAUUGGCGUGGGGCCCCACACCAGAGUUCACUGGGAGAGAUCGACCCCGCCAGGUAGUGCUGGGCAGUGGUAUAACAUCGCACAAACUCAAACACCUGAUUGCCAACACAGAAUACGUCUUGUCUCUUUAUGUGGUCUUUGGUCCCGUCAUUGGCCCUGGAAUGACAGCAACGGUGAAAACAUCUCCACUUGGACACGUAUCAACCUUCAGAGUAACCACAUACACCACCACCUCCGUGUCUGUGGUUUGGGGUGCCACUGUUGGAGCAACAGAGUACAAGAUAACAUGGAGCCCAACAUCAGGCAAAGGUGCAACACAGAAUGAGUACGUGGACCGCAACACACUGUCUUACCACAUCGGAAACCUGGACCCUGGGGCCCGCUACACAAUCAGCAUCCAUGCCCUGUACGGAAACUCCGAGGGGCCGGCUGUGUCUCUAACUCAAAUGACAGCUUCUCUCGAUUCUCACCAGGUUCAAUCAGUGAAGGAACUGAAGGUGAUUGAAACCGGAGCCAAUAGUCUAAAACUCACUUGGAAAAAGAUGCCUGGAAUCUCAGGAUAUCGAAUAUCUUGGGCUCUACUGAGAGGAGGUCCUGAGAGGACACGGAUUGUCCCAGCUGACACUGCGGUUUACGUGAUAAGUGGACUGCAAGAGAGUUCCACCUACACCAUUCGAGUCUCGACCAUGGUUGGAAACAGGCAAGGAAUGCCCAUAGUUACCUCAGCCCAGACACGCACCAAAAAGAAACCUUCUGCAACAGCAAAACCACCAAUGGCUAUUUCACCAGUCGCUGUUAUUGCUGGACCUGUAUCCAGUGCAGUGCAACAAACCAACCGUCAAACUGAUGUGGCCUCACCGUCCACAACAAUUCCCACGAUUACAACCCCCAGCACAACCUCUCCCAUUGCAAAAAGGGCACCAGCCUUUCAGACCACACAGGAGGGGCCUGUUUGUAACAAAGCCAAGGCCGACAUUGUUUUCCUGGUGGACGAAUCCUGGAGCAUUGGCCAGAACAAUUUUAAUAAGAUCAGGGAUUUUCUCUUCAGGAUCAUCUCAUACUUCCCAAAGAUUGGACCUGCAGGGAACCAGGUAGCCGUGGCUCAUUAUAGUGACAACCCCAGGACUGAGUUCCCACUGAAUCAGUACAAGGACAGAAAUUCAAUCUUGAGAGCCAUCAGAGGAGUGCAAUAUGGAGGGGGCAACACCAGGACAGGCAAAGGUAUAGGUUACGUCUUAAAGGAGCUAUUCCAGACAGCUGCCGGGAUGCGACCAAAUGUCCCCCAUAUUCUGGUCCUGUUGACUGAUGGACGCUCACAAGAUGCAGUGGAAGUGCCAGCAAGAGUGGCAUUUGGCUUAGGUAUUAAGAUCAUCCCUGUGGGGAUUACAAGUGCAGAUGUGGAGGAACUCAAGAAAAUCAUCUACCGUGGCCAUCAGGAUAAUAUAUUUUUUGCCAACACCUUCAAUGAUUUGCCUUUGAUUGAAAGAGACCUUAUUGAAAAAAUCUGCACAGAAGCCAGAGAGACUGAGCAUCCUCAACAUGUUCAAGUGGAAGCCAAGUCCAACAUGGACAACCAGCAAACAGAAUCGAUCAUAUCCAAAGAGUCCCAGAGUGAAACUGGAGACAUCAGAAAGCCAGAAGGCCCCUGUGCAUCCCAGUGCCAGAAGGGUCAGAAAGGAGAACAGGGAGUAAUGGGUCCUCCAGGAAUGCUGGGACAGCAAGGAUUUCUGGGCUUGCACACGAGUGGAGGAUAUGAAUCAUUUGCCUUCGCUGACAAGGGAGAAAAAGGAGAAAGGGGCCUACCAGGAAAAGACGGGAUUCCAGGCUUCCCGGGACGCCCAGGCCGUACCGGCUCUCCUGGCUCUACCGGGCCCAGGGGUCCCCAUGGAGUACAAGGGGAUAGAGGCUUUCCUGGAUUUAAAGGUCCUCCAGGUCCCAAAGGCGAUAGAGGAGAACCUGGAUAUGUUCUAAGAGGAGGUGACGUUAUUCCUGGCCGGAGAGGAGAACCCGGAUCUCCGGGUCCAAGUGGUGAGCCAGGACUUCCAGGGGUGCCAGGCCCAUCAGGACUACCUGGGCAGCCAGGGCCUCAGGGACAACCAGGCCACUCAGUCAAGGGUGAGCCAGGAGAUGGUGGUUCCAAGGGCCUCCGUGGCAAACCGGGUCCUAAAGGUGACAAGGGCGAUACGGGAAGUCCUGGAAUUGCUGGUUUGCCUGGACCGAUCGGACUUGAUGGAGUUGCUGGGCUCCAUGGAUAUAAAGGAGAAAAGGGAGUUGAUGGGAUUGGCAUCCCAGGAAUACCAGGACAAAAGGGGAUCCAGGGUGAGAAGGCAUCUACUGGACCACAGGGGAGCCCAGGGCACAAGGGCAAUCAAGGGGACAAAGGGAAAGAGGGAGAGGUUGGCCAAAAGGGAAAACGAGGACCUAAAGGAGAUGGAGGAGAAAAGGGAGCCAAAGGUGAAACUGGGGAAUUGGGUCCACAAGGAUUUGCAGGACUUCCAGGCCCCAUAGGUUUUGAAGGAAAUAAAGGCGACAGAGGUUUUCCCGGAGACCCAGCCAAAGGGAUAGUGGGUCCUACUGGGUUUAAAGGAGCCCGGGGAGAUAUUGGACCACCUGGACCUGUGGGACCCAAAGGCGAUCAAGGAAUCCAAGGGAUUAAAGGUGAAAAGGGAAGUCCUGGAUAUGGUAUCCCAGGCCAAUCUGGUCCCAAAGGAGAACCAGGUGAAAGGGGCAAUGUUGGCUUAUCCGGUAGACCGGGUGAAAAGGGUGAAGUUGGCCAGGAAGGCAAGCAGGGGACUCUCGGUACUCCUGGAAACCCAGGACCUAUUGGAUUAAGAGGUAAAGAUGGUAAGGAAGGGCAAAAAGGUGAAGCGGGCAAGGGUGAAGUGGGUCCUCCUGGUAAGACGGGGGAGCGAGGAGUACGGGGUCCACUGGGCUUGCCUGGCCGGCCUGGAGAGAUGGGGCUUAAAGGAGAUAGUGGAAAGGCAGGAGAGUUGGGGAAGCCUGGACUACCUGGGUUACCUGGUGAUUGUGGUGAACCGGGAGCCGCGGGAGCAAAAGGUGCCUCUGGAACUGGUGGCCCUCCUGGGCCAAGGGAGAGAAAUACAAAGGGAGAAAAGGGUGAGCCUGGAAGGAGAGGUGAAGCUGGCCAAAAUUUCUUGGCAGGACACAAGGGCAACCCAGGAGCUGUCGGACAUCCAGGACUCCCUGGCAUUCCAGGAAUUCCUGGUAAACCAGGAGCUGAUGGAAAACGUGGACCACCUGGGAAAGAUGGAAAAGAUGGUGUGAAAGGAGAGCAAGGGUCACCUGGUUUGCCUGGACCUCCAGGACCAGGAGCCUUCCCGGAAUCUCCUCUACCUUUCAAUGAGGAGAAUGCAUUUAAUUACACAGAUUUGCCCAUUAUUCCUUUACCAGUUGCCCCCCCUGGGACACCAGGUGAUAAAGGAGAAAGAGGGCACAAAGGUGAACAAGGUGAUCCUGGACAACAAGGAAAAGGAGUUGAUAUUAAGGAUUUAGAGAAGCUUUUUGACAUUUAUGGUAUAAAGCUAUCUCUUUUAAAAGAAUUAAUUGAUAGACUUCUUCAAAAUGGAAUGGAGGAAGUUCUUCAGCAGCUCACAAGUUCCAAAAAAGACAAGACUACAAGGAAAAUCCAUGAUUUUAAACAGGUGGAUGAAUUGAAAGUACAGGGCUCAUCCCUGAAGUACAACCUUGCCAGUCAAUCUCUCUCUGAAACGCAAGAGGUGGUGGAGGAGUUUGACUCGGAGACACCAGAUUUUGCCCAUCUGGACGAAGCCCAUGUAUUCCGGAGUGGAAGCACUUCAUUGCAUGGUGUAAGAGUGAAGGAAGUGUCUGAGGGUGUGAGGAAUAAGGGUAAAGAAGACAGUCCUGGAAUUUCAGUAGCAGUUGAUGGUGAAACCAGUGACAUAUCAUCAGUUCCGGACAGGAGUGGUUCAUAUCUCAAUGGACCAGUGGCUGGUAAUCGGACCAUGACAAGCACAACCAAGAUGAAGCAAAAAGCAAGGAGACAUAAAAACAAACAGGCCUCAACAGCUAAUCAAUAUCCCACAGAGUCUUCAGAAAAGAUUUUAAGAAGAGUAAGAAGAAUGGACCCACUCCUGGAAGACCAGACAUGGAUAUCAGGAGCAGCGGAAAUUAGGAAAGAAAAGAAACUGAGGGCAAGAAAAAAACUUCGAUCACAAGGAAGGGAGGAUUCUUUUCACAGCAUCAGAAAGUUGAAAAGAGAAGAGAACAAGGCCAUGAACGUUAUUGCUCCUGCACUGACAAUCCUUUCGCUGCAAGGUCAAAAGGGAGAACCAGGAACAGCAGGAAACAUGGGUAACAAGGGGGAAAAUGGUGAAAAGGGUCAAAAGGGAGAGCCUGGCAUUGGUUUCAGAGGACCAAUUGGUCAGUCAGGAUCUCCUGGACAAAAGGGUGAACCAGGGCAAAGUGGUCCUCCAGGGGCACAAGGUACCCAAGGCAUUGCAGGUAAUACUGGUAUCCCAGGAGCCCAGGGCAUGAGAGGUCCGUCCGGAGUGUCAGGACUGCCAGGCAUCAGGGGCAAUCGAGGUAGAAGGGGGAAGAAUGGAUUACCCGGACCACCUGGAAUAAAGGGACCACUCGGCAAGGCAGGACCUCCUGGAAAACCUGGCAUCAAAGGUUACAACGGUGACGACGGACUGGGGGUCCAAGGACCAAGAGGUGGUCGAGGGUUUCCAGGUCGCAGGGGAGUUAAUGGUGCUCCUGGAUCAGUCGGAGAAACGGGGCUUGUGGGUCUGAAAGGAUUAUCCGGUCUGAAAGGAAUGAAGGGAGAAUUGGGGAUUGCAGGAAUUAAAGGUGAUAAGGGAGACCCACAUGGUGUUUCAGGACCACAAGGAUACAAAGGAAAUAAAGGGGAUCUGGGCUACAGAGGUCCAGCUGGAUUUGAUGGUGAUAAAGGAGAGAAAGGUGAAGAUGGUCCCCCAGGACUAAAGGGUCAUAAAGGAGAGUCAGGAUCAAAAGGAUCGAUGGGUAUAUUCGGGGCCAGAGGUCCUGCUGGACAGAAGGGUGAGCCUGGCGAGAGUGGCAAAAAUGGAAUUGCAGGCAGGGCUGGACUUGAUGGUAAAGGUGGAGUUAAAGGAAAGAAAGGAGACAGAGGUUUGCAAGGCCAGAAGGGGGAUCUGGGAGAUAAGGGAGACCAAGGCUUAAAAGGAGAUGGUGGACAUAGAGGUGAGAAGGGGUCACGGGGCCUUCCAGGCCAAAGAGGACAAUCAGGAAUUGGCGCUGAAAAGGGCGAAAGGGGUGAGCCUGGGUUACCAGGAAAGUUGGGAUUGGAUGGUCUAAUGGGGCAAAAGGGGUUACAAGGAUUUACAGGUCUUCCAGGGCCCAAAGGACUUCCAGGAGAGAAAGGACAAAAGGCUGCUAAAGGAGUACCUGGACUCACUGGCUUUAAAGGAGCCAGGGGUUUACAUGGAAAGCUCGGACCACCAGGACCAACCGGUCCACAUGGUCAGAAGAGUGACCCUGCAGCCAAGGGUGAGCCAGGGAAGAGAGGGAGAACAUGUCAUGGCAAGAGAGGCCUUCCAGGGAUUUCAGGAGCAAAAGGUGAUCUGGGAGAAGUUGGCCCUGCUGGACUGAAGGGUGAAAAAGGAGAUCCUGGACUUUCAGAAGAAGAAGUGAAAGAAGUUGUCAGAAGAGAAAUGAGCGACAAAUGUGCUUGUGCAGGAAAAGAUUUCCAUUUGAUUAUUAGAACAGGCGAUUCUGAUGAAAACUCCCGGGAAAAAGGUGCAGAAAGCAGAAAAGAUGCAAGAGACAGAAAGGACAAUGUAGAAGACAGUGAAGAAGAAUUUGAAGAUGAAGUUAAAUUUCAAAACAUAACACAAUAUCAUACCACAGCCCCUUGCAGCGAGUCAAUGGAUGAAGGUUCCUGCUCACAAUAUGAAUUGCAGUGGUAUUAUUCUGAUGAAGCUAAGGAAUGCAGACCAUUUGUAUACAGUGGCUGUGGUGGAAAUAGCAAUCGCUUCCCAUCAAAACAAGGAUGCGUACAUAGAUGUCUGGAAGGAUUAAAACAAUAGGAAGAAUGACCAUUCCUUAUUUUUAUUUCUUGAGCCAAUAAAGAAUUGAUAGUCAAUAUACUGUACUUCUUCACUCAAGAAAGAAAACAGGGAGACGUUGAAUAAAAAUGGAGAUGACGUUUUUCAGUAAAGCUGACAGAUGCCAAUUGGAGGAAGCCAUCUAACUGCAGACAGUGAGAGUCCUAGAGAAACAACUGUUCAACGUUGAUCGCUGUUCCUCAGUGAACCAAUGACCUGUGUGUUUGACUUUAUUUUUGUUUCAACUUUAAAAAAAAAAAAAAAAUUAUUAGAAGUAUUGUACAUACAUCUUAAUCAUGAUAUGCAACAUAAUACAUUUUGUGUACAGCUUCUCUUUUUUUUAAACUUUAACCUGUAAUAGAAAAAGAGAAAAGAGAAAGAAGAGAAGAAUGAGGAUAGUAGUGAAGUGUAGUCCGCAGUAGUUGGCGUUAAAUGAAUGAUGAUGAACUUUUCAAAAAUCGAUUCAUUUGUGAUAUUUUCGUAAAUGUUGGAAGAAACAAUGAUCGUUAAUUUUGCAAUUUAUGUCGGUGUAGGGUAUGUUUCAUUUUUCUUAGUUUAUCAAGGUAAAACAAAAACAAAAUAAAAGUUAAAAGAUGAAACACAGACAAAUGGUUGAUAACAGUCAAAUUAUAAGGAUAUGAACAAUUUUUUUAAAAGGCAAAAAACUUUGUUUAAAAAAACCUCAAAAAAGUUAACUCCAACAUCAAAUUGAUACAACACCGUUUUAAGAGAUAACUUAUUUAUGCAUUUUAAGAAUAAACCUGAUAAAUCUUCAUUGCAUCCUCUUUACUACAACUAUAUGCUUCACUCAGUAAAAAGACUAGACCAAGACACCAUACUUCAGUUUGCACAAUAUUCAUCUGGCCAAUAUAAUUUCAGUAAUAUCUCCAUUUCUUUUGCCUCCAAGUUUCUUAUAUUAUAUUGGAAUGUUUUUUUUGUAUUUUCUGUAGCGAAGACAGAAGCAAAGUGUUCGUUCAAUGUUUCCACAUUGAGGUGUCCACCUUUGUCUCCACCAAAGACUAGAGGGCGUAGCUUUAAGGUGAGAGUGACAGUUUAAAGGAGAUGUGCCGGGUAGGUUUUUUUUUUACAGAGAAUGGUGUGUUCCUGGAACAUGCUGCCAGGAAUAGUGAUGAAGACAGAUAUUGUAGUGGCAAGGAAUGGAGACAUGGAUCACAUGCGGGCAGAGGAGAUUAGUUUAUCUUUGCAUCAUGUUCGUCAUGAAAGUUAUUUGCUGCAGGGCCUGUUCUAUAUUCCAUGUUCUUUUUCUCUGAGAUCACAUCCUCUGAGGGACAAUUUUUACUUUAGCAACUCUCUUUUUUUAUAUACAAAAUGCUACAUUACCAGAAUAAUAUGCAUUAUAAUUAUAAAUGGAGAUCAAAUGAAUCAGGGCUGCUUUCUCAUUAAAUCAAAGAAGUUUGUGUGUCUUUCACAGGCAAUGGCAAUGAUAGGAGGCAUAAGGUUAUCUAGAUGGCACUAUGCAUUUGGAGCAGACCCAUUAAUAAAUGAAUGACAGCAGUUAGGACAAAACUGCUGGGGUGGCACGGUGGCACGGCGGUAGAGUUGCUGUCUUACUGCGACAGAGACCCGGGUGUAGCGGCCGAUUUUUAUAUCGUUCGAGAAAUUAACCCUCUAGCCGCUAAAUGGAUAAGCAUGGUUAAGGGGAAUAUCUUCGAUACGCACGCGAGCUCACCCACAGAGAUUUUCAGCUUCUUCACAGAUAAGUCUUCAAAACAGUCUUUUGAUGAAUAAAUGCUUUAUUGUUGAUAGAAAACAGUAAGGUACAUCCAAAUUUCUUCCGACUCGUUACUAUUAUCUUCAUCGAACUCCAGCUUAUUACUUUAUACAUUAGAAAACUCCUCGUGUCUCCGUUACACUUUGCAUGAUCUCCUUUACACCUCGCAUGUUCGAAGGAUAAACUUUCUCCAUGGUUUCUCCAAACUACACUAAAAACGAAACGUCUGCGCAAGCUGCAAAGCCCAAAACAUGCCCAAAAACACGUCACAAAUCCCACCCACAAUAUAACGGGCAGUCGAAAAUUAAAAGGCACAUGCCAUCAUCAAUGACAUGCAAAACAAGCCAAAUGGCUACUACAUACCGGCCCCUAAUUGUUCCGAGUAUAUAGCGAGGCAAUUACUAAUAAACAUUAAAAAAUUAGCCUUGAAGACUUAACAUAUAUCAAAAAACAAUAGGUCAGGGAAUAGGAUUCCGGUGGCUCCUCGUCAGGAAAUUGAACCCCAGUCUACCGUGUGACAGGCGGGGAUACUAAACACUAUACUAACGGG